AUGUCGAGGUUCAUGCGCGAUCUCGCGACCGGCGGCGCGUCGUGCGAACCCAGCGACGGCGCCGGUCCGUCGAGCGCCGCGAAUCCAAUCGCGCGCGUCGCCGACGUCUUACUCGGCGAUCGAGGCACGCGCGCGCGCGAACAACAGAUACAGCGCGCGAGCGAACGAGACCAACUCGCGCGAGGCGCGGCGAACGCGGCGAAUGGGUUACAUUUAGCGAGAGAGGGGCUGUUGGACGGUGUGGAAGACGUGCGUGAAGGAACGAUGCGUGCGAGUGGUCGAUAUGCGGCGGCACCGGUGCAGAUGGUGCCGGAUGCGAGGUUGGACGCGCGCGGGGCGUCGGCGCUGGAGAAGUCGUUCGCUCGAAAUAGGAGCGCUGUGAUGGCGAGACAUUUGCAGUCGCAGGGGGAGAUGGAAGACGGCUUCGAGCGCAUGCGCAUGGAUGACGCUGAGAUGAGCGCCCGAGCGCAGAUGGCGCAUAAUGCGGCGAUGCUUCGCGAGAUGCAGCGCGGCGACCGCUGGGCGCGCGGAUUUCAGCAACCACUUCACGCGCAGGCGUCGCCGAGUUCCUGGGCGGAAGAAUUCGCGAAUGUUGAGACUUCAAGGCACGCGCAGUGGGCAAACGAGUUUCACAACCACCCGCCGCCGCCACACACGAUGCACGCGCCACCGCGCGCCGAUGCGUGGGCGCAAGAGUACAGAUCAAAUCAAGGCACGCGCUGGGGCGAGGAGUUUGGCGCGGCGCAAAACAGAUGGGCGGACGAGUUUUCACAACAACACGCCAGUGAUGUGCAAGCACCGCUUACUGACGUUGCGGCACAAACUGCGAAACAAAGUAGUGAGCUUGCGGCGACGUUGAACGCCGAUCCAAAGUUUGCGAAUUCUAAAUUCGCGCAACUCAUGUCCAAACUUGGUAGCGGGCAAGUCGUCGUGAGAGAAGACGGUUUGCAGGAGGUAAACGCGGCACCUCAGGCGCGGCAUGUGGACCAAGGUGAGCGAUGGGCGGCCGAGUUCAUCGAGCAAACACAGCAACCGCAACCUCAAUGGGCGGACCAGUUUACAGCGCAGAUGCAGCGUCAAAAUCCGACGAGCCAAGCGUGGGCGCAGCAAUUCUCGCAGCGCGAGAUGGAAUCGCAAAGGCAGUCAAACGUCGACGAUUGGGCAGAAGAGUUCAAGAACGUACCGCGCGAGUGGGCGAGCGAGUUUGAAGAUAUGCAGCGCAACAACCCAGAAUGGAUGCAAAACGUUUGGGACGAAAUGCAACAAAAUCCGCUUUCAGAACGGAGCAACUACAAAUUCACCGACCCGAACCCAUACCUCGGUCAAAGUGGUUUGCAAGAGAAAACGAUGGAAUUGGCAAAGACGGGCGUACUCGCCGAAGCUGCCCUCGCCGCUGAGGCGUGGGUGCGUCAAGAUCAGAGCAACAGCGAAGCGUGGUACCAUCUGGGACGCAUCCAAGCGGAAAAUGACGAUGACCAGCAAGCCAUCGCGGCGAUGUCAAAAGCGUACGAGGCGAACCCGCAAAAUCCAAAUGUUCUACUCGCCCUCGCUGUGAGCCACGCGAACGAGCUGGACCAGGAUGAAGCCCUCGGCCACGCGUGUGAGUGGCUCGGAAGUCAAGAGCGCUUCAAACACAUCGCCGCCGGACAAGCGCCACACACGCCCGAAAACGUCAUGGCAAUGUUCAGAGAAGCCGCUCGACAAGCACCGAACGACGCUGACGUGCAAACUGUGCUCGGUGUCAUGGCGCAUUUGACGAGGAAUUACGAAGACGCAGUCAACGCCUUUCAACGAGCCGCCAAUUUGCGCCCCGACGACCAUUCAUUGUGGAACAAAAUCGGCGCCACGCAGGCGAACGGCGCCGAGAGUGCCGACGCAGUAGGGGCAUAUCGCCGCGCGCUGACCAUCAAACCCAACUACGUUCGCGCGUGGUCAAACAUGGGCAUCAGUUAUGCCAACCAAGGCCGGUACGCCGAGUCGAUGCCUUAUUACAUUCGCGCGUUAUCGAUGAAUCCCAACCCCGAAAGUCCGACCUGGGGCUACGUCCGCAUCAGUCUUGGUUGCACCGGACGAUUAGAUCUCUUAGAACACGUCGACAAGCACGACAUCGGCGCUCUUCGACGCGAAUUUCCACUCUAG